AUGGCUCUCCAAAAAUCAUUGCUGCAGUAUUUCUGCAGCGUUCUGCUGCUCGUUAGCUCCGUUAGCGCUCUCAAGUUCGACCUUAUCGCAGGAUCCAAGGAGCGCUGUGUUCGCAACUUUGUCGGAAAGGACACCCUUGUUGUGGUGACAGCGACUGUCGAUGGCUACAAGGGCGAUGGCAUGGUGGUGAACCUCUACAUUCGUGAUGCCGUUGGCAACGAGUACGGUCGUCCCAGGGACGUUGUUGGAGAGUCAAGAACUGUCUUUACUUCUCACGCCGACGCUGCUUUCGAUGUUUGCUUUGAGAACAUUGCCUCCGGCUCUCAACGACUUAACAGCCCUACCCGUCACAUUGAACUCGAUAUCGAUAUCGGUGCCGAUGCUAAGGAUUGGUCCGCCAUCCAGGCCACCGAGAAGCUUAAGCCUGUCGAGGCUGAGCUCCGCCGUAUUGAGGAAAUCACCAGCGAGCUUGUUACCGAGAUGGAGUACCUCCGCUCCCGAGAGCAGAAGCUCCGGGAUACCAAUGAGAGCACCAACAACCGUGUCAAGUGGUUCGGUAUUGCUACCACCUGGCUCCUCGUUGGCCUCUGGGCUUGGCAGAUCAUGUACCUCCGCGCAUACUUCCGAUCCAAGCAUCUUAUCUAA